AUGGAAAGAAAUUCAUCAAAAUCAUCAAUGCAAGGACAAAACAAUGUUAUGUUUGAUGAUAACAAUAAUACAAAAUCAUCACCUACACCAUCAUCUACACCAAUAUUAUCAUCAGCAACAACUGCAAAAGAAUUCAAAGUAGAAGAUGAUGACGAGGAAAUAAAAGAAGAUGCAUAUAAUGAGGAAACAGGAGAAAUUAAUUGGGAUUGUCCUUGUCUAGGAGGAAUGGCAAAUGGACCUUGUGGUGAACAAUUCAAAGCGGCAUUUUCUUGUUUUGUUUAUUCAAAAGAAGAGCCAAAAGGUGUUGAUUGUCUUGAUGCAUUCAAAGAGAUGAACAAUUGUUUCAAACAACAUCCUGAUGUAUAUCAUGAUGUUAAUAAAUCAUGA